UAUAGGUAUCUCUUAUCAUACUUUCCUCUCCAACAAAAUAAAAUAAAAAGAGAGAGAGAGACUUCGAUCAACCUCUUCGUAAUUAUGGCAAGUGAAACAGAGGACAUCAAGUAUGAAGAGAGUUUCAUAAAGAACAGUCGAGGAAUGAAGCUGUUCACGUGCAAGUGGUUACCAGCAAAUCAAGAACCAAAGGCUUUACUCUUCAUUUGCCAUGGAUAUGCAAUGGAAUGUAGCAUCACCAUGAACAGUACCGCGAGGAGGCUUGUGAAGGCAGGAUUUGGUGUGUAUGGAAUGGAUUAUGAAGGACAUGGAAAAUCUGAUGGGCUUAGUGCUUAUGUCCCAAACUUUGAUCAUCUUGUUGAUGAUGUCUCUGCCCACUACACAUCCGUCUGCGAGAGAGAAGAGAAUAAAGAGAAGAUGAGGUUUUUGGUUGGAGAAUCAAUGGGAGGAGCAGUCCUUUUGCUGUUACACAGAAAGAAGCCUGAGUUUUGGGAUGGGGCCGUCUUGGUUGCUCCAAUGUGUAAGAUCGCUGAAGAAAUGAAACCAAGCCCUGUGGUUAUCUCGAUAUUGUCGAAACUUAGCGGAGUCAUACCCACGUGGAAAAUUAUCCCUGGCCAAGAUAUUAUUGAGACUGCUUUCAAGCAGCCAGAAAUCAGGAAACAGGUCAGAGAAAAUCCUUACUGCUACAAAGGUCGUCCACGCUUGAAGACUGCUUAUGAGCUAUUGCGGAUUAGCACCGAUCUUGAGAAGAGACUGAAUGAGGUUUCAUUACCGUUCAUGGUUUUGCACGGAGAAGACGAUAAAGUGACUGACAAGGCGGUGAGCCGAGAACUGUAUGAAGUUGCUUCGAGUUCGGACAAGACUUUCAAACUGUAUCCUGGGAUGUGGCAUGGUUUACUCUAUGGCGAGACACCAGAGAAUAUCGAGAUUGUGUUUGCUGACAUCAUUAAUUGGCUGGACAAGAGAGCUUCCGAUGGAAAUGGAAGCUUUGAAUCCGAGCUUAAACGUAAGAAUGAUGGUCUUCCUUUGAAAGGGUAGUAAGUAAAGUAGCUGUGUCGUUACUUAUCAAAUAUCACAAACGCACAAAUAUAGUUUUUUCUUUCCCUUUUCGAAUGCUUUUAUUGUAAUGAUAUUUUGUGACUCUGUUGAUUUACUAACUACUCUUCCCGUUUUAUUAAAAAAAUUAUUGUUUUAGAGUUCUUUUUUGUUUUACAAAGAAUAUUUUAGUUUUAAUGUACGUAAUUUCUUAU